CCCAAAAGUGCAGACGCUGAGACGCGGCCGUUCCCCUUCCCCUUCCUCGAGACCCAAAACCUAAACCCUCGCCUCGCCGUCGGUGUGCCAGCACCCUCCCGGCGGCCGGAGCGGCGCGACUUCCCAUCUAACAUAUUGCUUCCGGCAGCCGCCGCCGGACACCAUGGCUGACUCUCCGAGCCCACGCCUGGACGAGGAGGACGCCUUCGGCCGCGACUUCAACUCGUCCCCUUCGCCCACAGCCCCACCCGCCCGCUCCGGCGAGAAGAGGCCGUUCGGCGAUCUGGACGACGAUGACGAGGACGUUUUCGCUUCCAAGAAGGGAAAGACAAAGGUGGAAGAAAGUGCGCCAGGUGCUGCCACGGGAAUGAUUCUGUCUCUUCGCGAGAGUUUGCAGAACUGUAAAGAUAAUCUUGCGUCAUGUCAGGUGGAACGGGAGGCUGCCAAAUCAGAAGUUCAAAAGUGGCAUUCAGCAUUUCAGAACAUUCCAGCUGUACCUGCUGGAACCAAUCCAGAUCCUGUUUCGGUUGUUUCUUAUCUCAAUAACCUGAAGUCGUCGGAAGAAUCAUUGAAGGAGCAGCUGGAGAAAGCUAAGAAAAGAGAGGCGGCUUUCAUUGUAACAUUUGCGAAACGUGAACAAGAAAUUGCAGAACUGAAGUCUGCAGUUAGGGAUUUGAAAACUCAAUUAAGGCCACCAUCGAUGCAGACAAGGAGAUUAUUGCUUGAUCCAGCAAUCCACGAGGAAUUUACACGAUUAAAGAAUCUUGUGGAGGAGAAGGAGAAAAAGAUCAAGGAACUACAGGACAAUGUUGCUGCUGUCAAUUUUACUCCAUCCAGUAAACAUGGGAAAAUGCUAAUGGCCAAGUGUAGAACAUUGCAAGAGGAAAAUGAAGAGAUUGGGGCGAUGGCUUCUGAAGGAAAAAUCCAUGAACUUGGAAUGAAAAUUGCAGUUUUGAAGACUCGGAACAAUGAACUCAGGAAUCAGUUCAAUGAGCUGUAUAAACACAUGGAUGGUCUAACAAAUGACGUUGAAAGAUCAAAUGAAAUGGUGGCCAUUCUUCAAGAUGAGUUAGAAACAAAAGAUGUAGAGCUGAGAAGAUUGAAGGAGAUGCUUGCCCAGAAAGAAGCAACUGAUGAGAACAAAAUACCUCAAGAAAAUGACGUCGCUGGAGAUGAUAUAGUUGCUGCCGCCGAGAGUCAGCCAAUAAAAGUAGAAACAUAAGCUACGCCUUCAGCAGUCAUUUCUAGAGUAGCUUGCGUUCUCAACAUUCUUAUUAUUUUUUGUAUCAUGUAUCAGAAGUGUUUACUUGUGUAAUUUAUCUAAUGUCGUUUAUUCUUGCCGAUUUGCAUUGCGCUUUGUCUGAGCACUGCAGCAUGAGACGUGUUACCUACUUACCUUGAAUCUAAACUCUCUUAGUUCGUGCGUCA